AUGGAGAACCCGCAAAAUACCGACCGGCACGAGCUGGAGCUGUUUGACCGCAGACACAAGAAGCUCAGCGGCACAUCGCUCGUGCUGUGUGACCACGACUACCGAUUUGUGUACAAAAUCAUACCGGAGUACACGACCUCUGAGGCGACCUUCUACUGUCUGAUCAACGGGUACCCCGCGCACGGGAAUACCGUGCUGUACGAGUGUCUGAAAGGAGCGCUCAAGUCACCGGGCAGACUGGCGCAGAUGGGCGUCUUGCCUGCGUUCAGCGGGGUGGUGAAGGUAGUCGAGGAGGAGUAUGACGCGUCCGAAAACGAGGAUGCGAACGAUCAUUGCAGUAUUGUGAAGUACUUCGAGGGAGAAGGCAUCCCUGGGGUACAGAAAACCGUGUUCACAUCCAUAAAGCUGGAGAACCUUCUGCACGGCUACGAAAAACCGGCCGUGAUAGACAUAAAGCUUGGCAUCCACAACAAGCUGGACAACGAGCCCUAUGGAGGGGUCGACUUAGCCACCCGUGCUGCAUGUGUCAAGCGCUGGCAAGACCUCAAAACCAGUUACAAGCUGGGGCACACGUCAACCAGCAGCACCAAACGGCUAUACAACAUCAGCGCUGAAGACCUAGGGCUGGGUGCGCCGUUUACCGACAUGGAACCGACGGAGUUUCACUCUCUGCUAAAAUCAUGGCGCCAGAAACUGGUGGCGUCGCAGACCCCAGAAGACGAGCUCGGUUUCCGAAUUUGCUCCAUCUGCAUCGCAAAAGACGAUGGGAUGCUCGAGGUGUCGGCCUCGCAAGCGAAACUGCUGACUACAGAAGACACAACAAACAUACUACACAUGUAUGUGGUCACAAAACAUGUUGACAUGCUGAGCAGGGCACUAGGCUCCAUACCGGAGGUGCGGCAGCGGGUCAUCGAUGCGCUCAUCGGCAUCCGCGAUUGGGUGGCGAUGCAGGACCUGCUGUCCUUCGCCGCCACCUCGCUGCUGAUCACGUACGACCAGAGCGCGCCCACGCGGUGCCGAGUGAAGUGGGUCGACUUCACCCAUGUCGAGAGCAUAAGACACUCUCGGUUCCCUGUGCUUCCCGGACCGUCGAGCAUGAUCAAAGGUAUCGAGGGGCUGAUAGCCCUUUGCGAGAGCAUGGAUGCAGGCAGACAAAACGUAAAUCAGGCCGUUGCUAGCACCAGUUAA